CUUACAUCGACAUCGACAUCGAUACUUACAUCGACAUCGACAUCGAUACUUACAUCGACAUCGACAUCGAUGCUUACAUCGACAUCGACAUCGAUGCUUACAUCGACACUUACAUCGACACUUACAUCAACACUUAUAUCGACUACAUCAGCUCCAAUAACCUCGUAUCCAACGGCGGCAACAUCGGGAAGUGUGCUAGACACGACUGCCACGCCGACUCUGACUUCACGUUCACUUGAGGUGCGUACGGCUGAUAACAACCCGUGCUGGGGCGGUGAACUGCGCUGCAAGGGAGACCGUGUCGAGGCGUGCAACGCGAAGCACGAGUGGCACUACUUUGGACUCUGUCCUGGCUGCAAGCAGCUUUACAACACCCGCGUAAAGUGCGAUGAUAACGAAGUUGUGGUGGGCGAUUACACCAUUGACCCCAUUUUCCGAACUGUCGCAACUUAGGACUGCGAGCCAGGUCGGCAGCAGUGUGCCCAUGGCAACACAACCGUCGAGGCCUGCACCCACGACGGCAAAUGGGCUACUGUUGAAGCAUGCUCGGCUGAGGAGAUGUGUCUAGGGAUGUCUGAGGGGGUCGCGUUCUGUCUCGCGAAGGAUGUUGUUGAAUUCGUGAUAGCCAAGGGUAAUUAAGUCCACUCGGUCGGACUGUGGAUGGAGGCGCAAGGAGAUUGUUGAAAAAUUGUUAUCCUUCAUUUAAUAAUUAGUAGUAGUAAUGGUGGUAGUAGUAG